AUGAAAUUGUGUGCACCAGAAAGUCUUCGUCGACAAGAAUUUUCAUCAUCAACUGAUGUUUGGAUGUUUGCUGUUACUGUUUGGGAAAUAUUUACUUUGGGUAUUGAAAAUCCUUGGCCUGGUCUUUCUGUACAACAGAUUUUAAAAGCAGUAGAAGAACGUGGUGAACAUCUUCAAUGUCCUGAAAUUUGUCCACCAUCAAUCUAUUCUCUAUUAUUAUUAUGUUGGUCAUUAAAUCCAAACGAUCGACCAAAAUUUAGUAAAGUAAAUUCUUGUUUAAAUCAAUGUCGUCCAAUACAAUAUCGAGUUACACGUGAUAGUAAACAAAUAAAUCAAUUAACAUUAUUACGCGGUGAUACUGUUAGUGUUUUUGAUUCAUAUGUUGAUAAACCAUUAUGGAAAGGACAAAAUCAUCGAACACAAAAAGUUGGUUUUUUUCCAAGAAUUUGUCUUUCAUCAACAACAACAAAUACAAAUGAAAAAAUAAGUUGGCCAGUCAAAGGAAGUUUUAUUCAUGCCGGUCAUAGUGAUGGAACAGGACAAGGACCUUCAUGGGGAAAAAUUGAUAAAAUUGACGAAACUAUUUUAAGUAAUCCAAUAAUUACACCAGUUGAUGCGAAUGAAAGAGAUGAAAAUGUACAAAUUGUAUCAAAUGUUCUUCAAUUAAAUGUAUCAAAGAAAGAAAAACCAUUAAUAACUCGACCACCACCACCCGUUCCAAAAAGUCCACCCAUUCCAAAAAGUCAACCCAUUCCAAAAAGUCCACCUAUUCCAAAAAGUCCACCAAAAAUCAUAAAUGAUUUACUUUCAAUUGAUUUUAGCAAUUCAUCUUCUGGAAAAUCUUCAAAUAAAAUUGAACAAAAUCAUACUUUCGAACAAUCAUCAAUAAAAUAUUCAUCACCAAUAAAUGAAAGUUCUCGUUCAUCAUCAGCAUCAUCAUCAUCAUAUAAUCGACAAAAAUUUGCAAAUAAUUUAAUUGAUUCACAUAAAUUUGUUGAAAAAGUAAUAACAGGUGUUACUGAACAAUUAAAGAAUGAUUUUCCACGAUUAAAUUCAACAAAAAAAGAAUUUACUCCGCCUGUUGUUCGAAGAUUUACUGUAGCUUAUCCAUCAAAUCAAUCGUCAUAUUAUAACCUUCAACGCCAAGAAUAA